AUGGUGCAGCAAGCUGAUUCGGCAUCCAAAUCCGAAGAUGACCUGUACAUGCGGCUGAAAGAACUGAAGCGCCAGAUGGAGUUCCUCGACAUCCAGGAAGAGUAUAUCAAAGAUGAGAUGAAAAAUCUCAAGCGUGAGAUGAUCCGUGCCCAGGUCGAGAUCAAGCGUGUGCAGUCCGUUCCACUGGUCAUUGGCCAGUUCUCUGAAAUGAUUGAUCAGAGUCAUGGGAUAGUAUCUUCAACAGCAGGCUCCAACUAUUACGUGCGCAUUCUCAGCACGCUCAAUCGCGAACUCUUGAAGCCAAGCAGUUCAGUUGCCUUGCACCGUCAUUCCCAUGCUGUGGUGGACAUCUUGCCGCCUGAGGCAGACAGUACGGUCCAGAGCAUGGCCAUGUCCGAGAAGCCGGAUGUCACCUAUGCUGACAUCGGUGGCAUGGACAUCCAAAAACAAGAGAUCAAAGAGGCUGUGGAGUUACCAUUGACACACAAAGAGCUGUAUGCUCAGAUUGGGAUUGACCCUCCCAGUGGUGUGCUCCUCUAUGGCCCUCCCGGUACAGGAAAGACAAUGCUCGCAAAAGCUGUCGCAAACCAAACUACGGCCACGUUCAUUCGGAUGGUAGGCUCAGAGUUCGUUCAAAAGUACUUGGGUGAAGGGCCUCGCAUGGUACGAGAUGUAUUUCGCUUGGCUCGCGAAAAUGCCCCAUCCAUUGUCUUCAUUGAUGAGAUCGACGCUAUUGGCACGAAGCGAUUUGAUUCCCAAACAGGUGCAGACCGUGAAGUCCAGCGAAUUCUGCUAGAGCUCCUCAACCAGAUGGAUGGUUUCGACCAGGACACGACAGUAAAGGUCAUUAUGGCUACCAAUCGUGCAGAUACGCUGGACCCAGCACUCUUGCGACCAGGCCGGCUAGACAGGAAGAUCGAGUUCCCACUCCCUGAUAGGCGCCAGAAGCGCUUGAUCUUCCAGACAAUCACUGCGAAGAUGAACUUGAGUGAAGAAGUCGACUUGGAAGACUAUGUCUCGCGGCCUGAAAAAAUCAGUUGUGCUGAUAUUGCUGCCAUUUGCCAGGAAGCAGGCAUGCAGGCUGUGCGGCACAAUCGAUACGUCAUUUUACCGAAAGACUUUGAAGCCGGAUGGAAGGACCACGCCAAGAAGAAGGAUCGCGACUUUGACUUCUAUGGCUACCUGCUACACAGGGAUGAAUCGGAUACGGAAAGCCAUGCAGCUGACGGACUGAAAAACAAUGUGCUGGUGGCGUGA